AUGACGACUUCGCUGGUUCUGCAUCCACGCUGGGCGGACACCUUGAUGUACGUUUAUGAAAAAAGCCCGAAUGAAAACAACCAGAAUAAAAGCCAAACAAUGGAGGGACUGAGCAGUAAUUGCCCUGCGACCCACUGCAGGGACCUGAUGUCGCACCCCGCGCUGGGACGACAUUCUGGCACCAUAGCGUCCCACCAGGGCUCCGUCUACUCGGAUAUUUCUUCUCCAGACACCGGCCGGCAGUGUCCCGCUCCUCAAACAUCAUCCAGUGCGUCUUUGGGCUACGGUUAUCCCUUUGGAAACCCAUAUUACGGCUGUAGAUUAUCUCAUUCGCACAACGUGAACUUGCAGCAGAAGCCUUGCUCGUACCACCCCGCAGAGAAAUAUGCCGAGCCCAGCACAGCGCUGCCCACGGAAGAACUGUCCUCCAGGGCGAAAGAGUUUGCCUUCUACCCGAGUUUCGCCAGCUCGUAUCAGGCUGUUCCUGGAUAUCUCGACGUGUCGGUGGUGCCCAGUAUCAGUGCCCAUCCUGAGCCGCGGCACGACGCAUUGAUCCCCAUGGAGGGCUACCAGCACUGGGCUCUCUCCAAUGGCUGGGAUGGGCAGGUGUACUGCUCCAAAGAACAAACGCAGUCAACUCAUCUCUGGAAAUCACCUUUUCCUGAUGUUGUGCCAUUGCAGCCUGAGGUCAGCAGUUAUCGUCGUGGGCGUAAAAAACGCGUCCCUUACACCAAGAUCCAGCUGAAGGAGCUGGAGAAAGAGUAUGCAGCCAGCAAGUUCAUCACCAAAGACAAGAGAAGGCGCAUCUCGGCCGCCACCAACCUCUCAGAGCGUCAAGUCACCAUCUGGUUCCAAAACCGACGAGUCAAGGAGAAAAAAUUUGUCAGCAAAUCCAAGAGCAAUCACAUGCACACCACUUGA